AUGGCCGCCCUGGGGAAGUCUCUGCCUGUAUGGCGGAGCCUUGCACCCCGCAUCUCUAGAGAUCUCUUUACUUGCCGACAAUGCCUUCGAAACCAAGGCUACGCCGCCAAAUCUGUCCGCCAAUUCUCCGCGAUGCCCUCUCACCAGCCGAGCAAGACUCGAUCCUCCCUCUUCACCGAUAAGAACCGCCAAUUCUUCACCUCCAGUAUGAAGCGAACAGCCGCCGCCCCUUCCUUUACGAGUGCUGUUCAUGAGGGUGCUACCGAAGCCAAGUCGUCCAGCUUCCCUAAGAUCAGCAACAAGUCUGUCGCGUACUGGCUCCUCGGUAGCGCUGCAAGUGUUUUUGGAAUUGUCAUCUUCGGCGGAUUGACCCGUCUCACUGAAUCAGGAUUAAGUAUCACCGAAUGGAAGCCUGUCACUGGUUCCUUGCCGCCUAUGAACGCAGAAGAUUGGGAAUCGGAGUUCGCCAAGUAUCGCGCAUCACCCGAGUUCAAACUGUUGAACCCGCAUAUGACCCUGUCUGAAUUCAAGUCGAUCUAUUAUAUGGAGUGGAUCCACCGUCUCUGGGGCCGAUUUAUCGGCAUGUCGUUCGUUCUGCCAGCUGUUUACUUCGUCGCACGCAAGAAGGUCUCUGGGCCGAUGGCGUGGCGCCUUGGUGGCAUUGCUGGUUUGAUUGGUUUCCAAGGCUUCAUUGGUUGGUGGAUGGUUAAGUCCGGUCUGAAGGAUGACCUGUUUGCACCGGGUAGUCACCCUCGUGUCAGCCAGUACCGACUUACGGCUCACCUCGGAGCUGCGUUCACUUGCUAUGUCGCCAUGUUGUGGAAUGGACUUGCUAUUCUCCGCUCUCACCGUCUGAUGAAGGACCCUGUGUCUGGUCUGAAGCAGCUUGACGCACUCCGAGACCCACGUCUGGCAAUCUUCCGCCGCUCUGUUGCCGCUGUGGCCGCCUUGGUCUUCAUUACUGUCAUGUCCGGUGGCCUUGUUGCUGGCCUUGAUGCUGGUCUCAUCUACAACGAAUUCCCCUACAUGGGCAACGGACUGACGCCGCCCAAAAAUGAGCUUUGGGAUCCCCGCUACUCCCGCCACGAGGACCGAUCCGACCUAUGGUGGCGCAACAUGCUCGAGAACCCUUCCCUUGUUCAGCUUGAUCAUCGUAUUCUCGCUACUACCACUUUCACCUCCAUCAUGGCGUUGAUGGCCUACACCCUCAAGUCGCCUACUAUGAAACGUAUUUUGCCGGCACCUGCUCGGAAGGGUGUUCACGGUGUCAUGGGCUUUGCCUGCUUGCAGGUCACUCUUGGCAUCUGCACUUUGCUCUACCUGGUCCCUAUUCAUUUGGCAUCUGCCCAUCAGGCUGGCAGUCUUUUCCUCCUCACCUGGGUUAUGGUUCUGGGCAGCCGUGUCUGGCAUCCGUCCCGCACUGCCAAGCUGUUGCAGAUGGCCGCGAAGGCCCGAGGACAACAGGUGUCUUCCGCAGCCGCCUCUGGCAUUAAGAGAGUCUAA